CUCCUCCUCCACAUUUAUUAGUAUUCUAUUCACUCAUUCGUGUGUAUAUAAACACUGCUUAUCACAGCUUUUCAAGCACCAACUCAUCUUUAAGCUCUCUCAUCUUUAGAAAUUCUCUUCUUCUUCUUCUUCUUCUUCUACUUCCAGAAAAACAAAAAGAGUUUCUAAAAACUAUCUGAGAAGAUGCCUUGUAUUGCUUUCGGAGCUUUUGAUGAUUCAUUCAGCGUAGGGUCUCUCAAGGCCUAUCUUGCUGAAUUCAUCUCCACUCUUCUCUUCGUCUUUGCUGGUGUUGGUUCUGCCAUUGCCUACGGCAAACUUUCAGGUGAUGCAGCUCUUGAUCCAGCAGGUCUUGUUGCUAUUGCCAUUUGUCACGCAUUUGCUCUAUUCGUUGCCGUUGCCGUUGGUGCCAACAUCUCCGGUGGACACGUAAACCCAGCUGUCACCUUCGGAUUGGCCGUUGGUGGACAGAUCACCAUCAUAACUGGACUCUUUUACUGGGUUGCCCAACUUCUUGGAGCUGUUGCUGCUUGCUUCCUCCUCAAAGUUGUCACCGGUGGAUUGGCCACUCCCAUCCACGCCGUCGGAGCCGGAGUUGGAGCCAUUGAAGGAGUUGUUUUUGAAAUCAUCAUCACCUUCGCUUUGGUCUACACCGUCUACGCCACCGCCGCCGACCCCAAGAAGGGUUCAUUGGGAACCAUUGCCCCAAUCGCCAUCGGUUUCAUUGUUGGUGCCAACAUCUUGGCUGCUGGACCUUUCUCCGGUGGAUCAAUGAACCCAGCUCGUUCUUUCGGUCCUGCUGUUGCCAGUGGAAACUUCUCCGGACUCUGGAUCUACUUUGUCGGUCCAUUGAUCGGUGGUGGUCUAGCUGGUCUUACCUACGGAAACGUGUUCAUGCAAUCCGAGCACGCUCCCCUCGUCAAUGAGUUCUAAGUUAAGACAGUUGAAUUCUUGUUGAUUGAUGAUUAAGCGAGUUUCAAAUCCAAAACCCAAAUUUGUGUUUGUAAUAAGAUAGGAGGAAAGGGUUGUAGAUUUUUUACAUUUCUUUCUUUUCUAUUUAGCUGUUUUUGUGAAUCGUUCUUCUGUAUUUGUUUUCAAUUUGGCUUGAGUGAGAAAAAUGUGUUGCAUGUAAAAAGAAAUAGCCCUUUAGUCAUUUCAAUUGUAUUUUUUUUAUUGCUUUGGGGGGCAAUGAUGAAUGAAGUUGGUGAAGUGCAGCUCUACUUA